AUGAACAAGUGGUUUGAGUACGAGUCAGGGCACGCUUGGUGCGAGAGCGCCUACAAGUAUCAGACCCUACCCAUGGUCGCCGAGUUCGCAAAUACGGUUAGUUGUGAGCUAGCUCAACGAUUAUAGAGGUCGGAGAUGGAGGAUGGCUGCCCACUGGCCGCCCUGCCUGCCAAACCAUAAACGUCCAAAAGCAGAAAUGACUAUUUCAAUAAUAAGUCAAUGACUCAUUUCUAUCGCUUGGCUAAAUGGCUGUCAUUUCUAUCGCUUGGCCAAGGGCUGCCUUCCCAAUCCUUCACCUCUGAUAGAGGGGAAAAACCUGGAAGUAAAAGAAGUGAAAAAUUGUUUUUGAAUUCCGAAAUGACGUUUUAUUAGUCAACUAUUUGUCAUUGAAACAUAUUCGACACUGACCGUCACGAGUUUUUUGCGACUGUUAUUUGCCCCAGCCCUGAUUAGACUAUAAAUCUUCGCAAAUCUAAUAAAAACUCCAAAACCUUUGAAAAAAACUCUUCAUGUUGUAGGUGACGAACCUGCCCAUAAUAGUCCUGCCUCUUCUCAAUUGCCUGUUGCUGAGGAAAUACGUGCGGGAUGUGAAUGCGGGACUAUUGCUGCCCCAGCUGCUGCUCACAUUCAAUGGCCUAGCUUCAACUUAUUAUCACGCUACUCUAAAUCUUUUUGGUUAAUUUUUUCACUCGACUAUCCUUGCCGUAACAUGAUUCUAUUUCGCAGGUCAAUUGGUGGAUGAAUUAUCUUUGGUUUGGAUCAUCACCGUUUUUUUGGUCGUCUACAUACCGGUGAUGAGAUGGUUCCCGAAAAAAUUCAACCAAAGACUGUACGUUUAAGUUUUGGGAUGAGAAAAAAUUGAUUAUAAAAGCUAUAGCUGAUUCACAACUGGCUUGAGCUAUAGAAAAUAGGUUCUGGAAAGAGAAGAAAAGCAAUAGAUUAAUUGCUAUAUUGAAAAUUUAAAUCAUCAAAAAAAAAUUUAAUCAAGACAGUGCCUGGCUGAAGGAGGGUGCUGACAGGCCACACCUCAUAGCGUCCCAAGUUGGAACGCAGGUCGACUAGAGUUUUGAGAGGGAGAUUUCGCCAAAAAAGUUUUCAAAAUGUUUCUUUGCAUGGGCGUUGAGUUUUGUAUUUUGAAAAAAACUUGUCAUAUUGUCUUAUCUUGAUCACUGACAACCUGCAGAUUACUUGUUCGAUGGGCGGUAGUGGUGGUUACGGCGGUCAUCUCGGCUCUUUGUUUCCUCGAGCCAAAUCUCAACGCUGUAGCCCUCAUGCUGUUUUCCGUUCCAGCAGCCGUCGUCAUUAAUUAUGAAGGAACAAAGUAUGGUGAAAUCAAGGCGAUUGACGAAAACCUUACGUUUUCAGCUCUGGUUUGCCGGAAAUCGAGUCGUUCCCCCGGAGAAUCCUCACUCUCUGGGGAGCCGCCUUUUCCUUCUGGUUUGCGGACCGACUGCUUUGCGACUUUUGGCUAUACCUAGGUUCAUGGUUGGACUGGAAUGAAUGAGAAAAAAAAAGGUUCCUAGGUACGCCGUACCUGCAUGCACUGUUCCAUUUGCUGGCUGGCGUCGCCGGCUACACGAUCUUCAUCAUGUUCAGCGUCAUAGACAUCGACACGAGAUCCGACAGGCACAGGUCGGCCUCAACAUUUCACUUAUUCGGAAAGUUUGUCUGUUGAGACAAAAUUUUAUAAUGGGUUUUUCUAGUUGAUUGUCACCUUGAGACUGGUUCAACUCAACUUUUAGCUUUCACUUUUUAUCUAAAUGGUCACAUUUAAAAGUGAUUGGGAACAAGAGCAGCAUCCCUCGAACCAAUAAACCGAUUGAAAAGGAGAAACCAUGCCUUUUCAAGGCACAACUGAGUUCAACUCAUUUCCGAGAAGAUAUAUAAUCACCUCGAAAUCAUUUCUAUUUGGGAUGUUAGUUCUCAAUUUCACAUCGAUGUUCCAGGAGGAGACAAGCCAAAAUGGGCGAGAUCUAGGGAUAGGAAACCUCGAAAGAAUUAUUCGAUUUUAGGCCGAAAUUGAGUUCAAAUAGAAAUUUGGAAAUGAUGGUCAACCUGAAAUCACCUGAAGUUGCAAGAAAAUUAGCUAACUGAAUCCUAAAAAAAACGAAUGAGAGAAAAAUUUGUAACGGGUCAUUGGAAACCGUUCCCCGUGAAAAAUCAUUUUUUUCAAAACUCUUCGAUCUCUUGAAUCGUUUAUUGAAAAUUUUGAUAUCUUUCUUGGAAAAGGUGUGUCAAAAAAUAAAUCUCAACCUUUUUUUCAGAUUCACCGCUGCCAUCAGGUACUUUCCGGACAAGAGCGGCUCAAUCUUCUCAUUCCCUUACAUUUCCCUAAAGGAACGACCCGAGUGAGCAACUUGUCCUUUUUUGCGCUGUUUUCUUAGUUUUUUUUUUUGAAUGUAUACUCAUUGAGUUUGUUUUUUGUUGUUUUGUCUGCAUUUUUUUAGAAAAGCUUUCUAAAACUAACAAAACGUGUCUCGAAUCACCCAUGCUCACAGACGGGAAAGUUGCUCCACUGCUUAAACCUAGUCACUAGUAGAUUUUAUCUUGUCGUUUUUUUACUCGCAGUGUUGUCCAAUUUGUUAAUACAGUAUGAAAUAGGGAAAGAAAAGAGAUAAUUCAGAUCGCUCCGUCAGUUAACCGCAUUGGAGAAGGAGGAGCCAGCAAUUUCAAAGUAUUGA